AUGCCAAUCAACGAGACACCACUGCUAGUGAACGGCGUACGAUAUCCGAUGCUUCUUGGGACUCUCUUCCUAGCAAGCCUUAUCGGGGCCCUCGGUACAAUUACAGUCGAAAUGGAAUCGUCCUCUGUCAUUUCAUGGCUAGGCGCUAGUUACCUCAUUGCAACCGCUUUGAUCCAGCCCUUGUGUGGCCAGCUCUCAGACAUAUAUACACGACGAAGUUGUUUCCUUGUUGGAAGUCUGGCUUUCCUCCUCGGGAACGUCGCCUGUACCAUCGCACAGUCACUAGUAGUUCUGGUAGCCGGUCGAGCCCUUUCCGGAGUUGGUGGCGGAAUCUUGACCAUUAUGCCAACCAUCAUUCUAACCGAUAUCACUCCGCAGAGAGAAAGAGGCCUUUGGCAGGGUAUCAACAACAUUGUCUUUGGUCUUGGCCAUGGGAUGGGCGGCACUUUUGGUGGACUCAUGGCACACUACUGGUCAUGGAGAACAGCCUUCCUGUCGCUAACUUUCCCUACGGUUGUAUUAGCCAUCGGAACGACAGUUAUACCAGAACCCGCUAAGAGCAGUCAUGCUGACGGGGAGCUGCCAUUCAGCAACAAUGAACGGCUUCCUUUAUUACCAAGAGACGGGGGCGACCGAGAGCAUGUUGACAUUGUUGGUGCAAUGCUCCUUUGUAUUGGACUAGGCCUGCUGUUGGUUUCCAUUAAUCAACUGAACCUCGAUGACACAGUUCCAGGCCUGAUGAGGAGCCCUCUUCAUUACUAA